AUGGAUGCCCAGCAAUUGCUCCCUCCGUAUGCCAUCAGCCUUCACCACGCCAGUCGCCUGAAGCUGUACUCCGAAUCCGAUCGUGACGUUGCGAAGGAUCUCGUCGAGCAGGUUGCCGUUGGAGACAGUGAGUUUCAAGUGGAAGCACUCAAGGAGGUCCGUGACAACGCCAGCCGCUUCGAGGUUCGUGUGCAGUGGCUGGGGCCAGAUGAAGCUGAGUCAUCCUGGCAGCCUGCAACCGCAAUGUAUGACGACGCCCCCGUGCUAUUCCGAAUGUGGGCUAAAGCCAACGCGAAGUUGCAACUGAUGCCGAGGUUAGUCGCUGAGAUGGAACAAGCGAUGGGGCAUCCACUCUAG